GCCCACCCCCCUUUAUCUCCCCCUCCCCCACCUCCCGGUCCUCGUCCCUGGUGACGCCCCCAAUCGAGCCGAGCUCCUCGCGAUUCCCAAUCCCCGCACGCCUCCUCGCCCUCCUCCUCCGGCCCCGCCGCCGCCGCCGCCUCGCCACAGGCUCACGGUUAUUCAAGAUGGAACACAAGGAGGCGGGUUGCCAGCAGCCGGAGGGCCCAAUCCUAUGCGUUAAUAACUGUGGCUUCUUUGGCAGUGCCGCGACCAUGAACAUGUGCUCCAAGUGCCACAAGGAGAUGGUCAUGAAGGAGGAACAGGCCAAGCUGGCUGCCUCCUCCUUCGAUAGCAUCGUCAACGGUGGCGACGGUGGGAAAGCACCUGUUGUUGCGGCUGUAGCCGCGAACGCAGAGGUGGCGGUUGCUCAAGUUGACGUGAAGGCGCUCGUUGUGCAGCCUGCUGCUGAUGUUGCAGGCACCAGCGAAGCUGUUGCCGUGAGCCCCAAGAGGAAGGAGGGGCCGAAUCGGUGCUCAACUUGCAGGAAGAGGGUUGGGCUGACGGGAUUCAACUGCCGCUGCGGUAACAUGUACUGUUCGCUGCAUCGCUAUUCCGACAAGCAUGACUGCCAGUUCGACUACCGGACUGCAGCUAGGGAUGCCAUCGCCAAGGCCAACCCAGUGGUGAAGGCAGAGAAGCUCGACAAGAUUUAGGUGUCCCACAGGGAAGAAAUGGUUGCAAUCUGCCAAGGUUCAUCAUCCGUCUUUGCUGUGCCAUCCUUGCACCUCCCUUUCUUGUUGGCUGCCGCAUUUCCUAAAUUGUACGGCAUUGUGAUGCACACUGCGUCGUGGCAGCUGCAAGAACUCAAUCCUCAGUCAUUCCGAAUGGUUUGCGUGUUGUGUAACUUUAUUCAUGGUGGUUUUUUCGGUCAGUAUUGUGGCUUCUCAUUUUAGCUAGCUCUGUUAUGUACUAUUGUCCCAUGUGUGUUAAAUUCUGAUCAGUAAUAGUAGCCAGCAAUGGUUCAUCA